AUGUCUGCACCAGCUGUUAACUACAAAGUCGCUGAUAUCUCCCUUGCCGCCUUUGGCCGUAAGGAAAUUGAGCUCUCUGAGAACGAGAUGCCAGGUUUGAUGGAGAUCAGAAGAAAGUACGCUGAUCAACAACCAUUGAAGGGCGCUAGAAUUGCCGGUUGUUUGCACAUGACCAUCCAAACCGCUGUCUUGAUCGAGACUUUGGUUGCUCUUGGUGCCGAGGUCACCUGGUCUUCCUGUAACAUCUUCUCUACCCAAGACCACGCUGCCGCUGCCAUUGCCGCCGCUGGUGUCCCAGUGUUUGCUUGGAAGGGUGAGACCGAGGAGGAGUACUUGUGGUGUAUCGAGCAGCAAUUGUUCUCCUUCAAGGACAACAAGAAGUUGAACUUGAUCUUGGAUGACGGUGGUGACUUGACCUCCCUCGUCCACGAGAAGUACCCAGAGAUGUUGGAGGACUGUUUCGGUUUGUCCGAGGAGACCACCACCGGUGUUCACCACUUGUACAAGAUGGUCAAGGAGGCUACUUUGAAGGUCCCAGCCAUCAAUGUUAAUGACUCCGUCACCAAGUCCAAGUUUGAUAACUUGUACGGUUGUAGAGAGUCCCUCAUUGACGGUAUCAAGCGUGCCACCGACGUCAUGCUUGCUGGUAAGGUUGCCGUCGUUGCUGGUUUCGGUGAUGUUGGUAAGGGUUGUGCCAUGGCCUUGAGAGGUAUGGGUGCCCGUGUCAUUGUUGCUGAGAUUGACCCAAUCAACGCUUUGCAAGCUGCUGUUGAAGGUUACCAAGUUGCUGACUUGAAGGAUGUCGCUUCCGUUGGUCAAGUCUUUGUCACCACCACCGGUUGUAGAGAUAUCCUCACCAAGGACCACUUUGAGCAAAUGCCAGAAGAUGCCAUUGUCUGUAACAUUGGUCACUUUGACAUUGAAAUUGAUGUUGCUUGGUUGAAGGCCAACGCCGUUGAGACCGUCAACAUCAAGCCACAGGUUGACCGUUUCACCAUGAAGUCUGGUCGUCACAUCAUCUUGUUGGCUGAGGGUAGAUUGGUCAACUUGGGUUGUGCCACUGGUCACUCCUCCUUUGUCAUGUCUUGUUCUUUCUCUAACCAAGUCUUGGCUCAAAUCGCUUUGUUCAAGGCUAACGAUGAGGCCUUCAGAGCUAAGAACAUUGAGUUCUCCAAGACUGGUCCAUUCCAGAAGGGUCAAGUCUACGUCUUGCCAAAGGUUUUGGAUGAGGCUGUUGCUCGUUUCCACUUGAAGCACUUGGGUGUUCAGUUGACCACUUUGACUCCUGUCCAAUCCGAGUACUUGGGUGUUCCAGUUGAGGGUCCAUACAAGGCUGACCACUACCGUUACUAA